AUGUCUUUCACAAAGACGUAUUUUCUAUGUCCCACGUCGGACUUCAUCCACCCACCACCCGCAGGUCCCCUCUACCUCGGUUCUAUUAUUCGCUCCUCGUCAGCACCGCAAUACCCUCUUAACAGGGCAAACGUCAUCGCCGUACCUGACGCAGCAGUCUUUCGCGUCGUCGAGACUAACUGGAAGAAGAACGUCUCCGCCGGCAAAGACUUUGGCCUGGGUGUCUAUGCUCAGUUCCUGCAGCUGGCCACCGGUGCUGAAGUGGAAGCGGCGCAUUCGAACCAAACCACAAACACGUUUGCUUUUGACACGCUGACGACUCUGGCUUUUGAGCCGACGCAGGAAUAUGUGCAAGAAGCCAUCAGGGCAGCACCUGCUGUGCGGUCGUGGCUGAAGGAGCCUAGGCAGCGGUUCGCACCAUUUUCCUCGCUCUACCUCGUCACGGGCAUGAAGCUCGUCAAGGGCGCGAUGGUCAAGUACUCAGCUUCAAAGAGCACGACGGCCACGGGUAAUCUUGGUUUCAAUAUGCCUACUUUGGGCGUGACUGUCGGCCCAAAAGGCCAUUGGAGCUGCGCGGCUAGCGACGAGACCGAGUUUAACCGUGAGUCGGAGUUUGUGUUUGCGUUUCGUUUGAAAAGGCUCAAGUUCGGGCGCAAUGUCAAGAUGGAAGAGUAUAACAAGGGUGCCUUUCUGGCUGUAAGUGAUGCAGAGGAAGAAGGCAACGACGCAUCUAUUUCUGUUUUAGUGGAGGAUGUGGAUGGCUCUGAUAUCAACACUGCGAAAGCUGUUUCUGAUGCAACGGAACAGAGUAUGGUUUAUUGCGUCUCGACCUGA